CGGCGAGGCCAAGCGCGGUCGGGAGCAGCCUGGGCGAGUCCCCACCCCACGCGACUCCUCCCGGUCCCAUGCCCUGCGCCGCCGGGCUCCCCGAAGGCCGAGGGCAGGGCUUGCGAGGCCGCCUCCCGCCUGGCACGGAGGAGCAGCCUCGCUUCGCCCGGCCACCUUCCUCCUCCUCCUCCUCCUCGCCGCCGCUGCUGUAGCACUAGCUCCGCGCGCUGCGCGCAAAGCCGUCGAGCCUCGCCAAGGAGCUCCUCCCGGACGACGCGGCGCUUGGGCGGCCCAGGCUCAGCUUGACCCCUCCGCCGCCCCCGGUCGGCUUCGGCGGCGCUUUGCCCCGCGCUCGGCUAGGCACGUCGGAGGCGGCUGGCAGCUGGCGCCCGUGCGCACCUCCGCGUCUCCCUCCUCUGGCAGAGCCAGGCUUCCCACAAGAUGGCGGGAUCAGUGGCAGAGAGGGACGCGCUGAAAAUAGAAGACGGGCAUUUGAACAACUCACUGGGAUCUCCUGUGCAAGCAGAAGUGUAUUUUCCACGCCUGAUUGUCCCAUUCUGUGGGCACAUCAAAGGAGGAAUGAGGCCUGGCAAGAAGAUCUUGGUAAUGGGCAUUGUGGAUCUCAACCCAGAGAGUUUUGACAUCAGUCUCACAUGUGGGGACUCGGAGGAUCCUUCUGCUGACGUAGCUAUUGAACUGAAAGCCAUAUUCUCGGACAGACAGUUUCUCAGGAAUUCUUGUGUAUCUGGUGAGUGGGGAGAAGAACAGUCAUCUCUUCCUUACUUUCCAUUUAUUCCAGACCAGCCCUUUAGGGUUGAAAUACUUUGUGAACACCCUCGUUUUAGAAUAUUUGUGGAUGGACACCAGCUUUUUGAUUUUUACCACCGCAUUGAGAAGUUGUCAGCUAUUGAUACGAUAAAGAUAAAUGGAGACCUCCAGCUUACUAAACUUGGUUGACCUUGUUUUCAUAUUCAAAAGCAAAAACAAUCAGAUAAAGAUAAAAACCAAAAUUUUAGAUUCCAAAUUGGCUCAGAUGCCGUCCACAUCUGUCUGAAGGAGCAGAGGCAAGCAACCCUGGAGCAACUUCCCUCUAGGGCAGGCGCCACCGUUUUGCUCCUACAGUAUAAGCAGCAAAGAACAUACUGACGGACUGAAGUACAGCACUGUUUAUCCUCAUGAAGAAAGCAAUUGAUGAUUACUUGAUACUGAGCCGGGCCCCUUUCUUCUUUGGCACUAAAUAGCCUACACCUGGUGGAUAAUCAAAUUAUAGUGGAUCCUGAAAGAGUUGCUUCAUUGUCUAUAAACUGCAGAAGCUAUUGACAGGGCAGUUUUGAGUGCUAAAUGUAUUAUUAAAUGGAAACAUUUACUUUUGGAAAUAUUUCUCCAGCACUUAAGUGGGUUAAUGUAAGUGUAACACAGAUCACAAAGAGGGUUAAAUGUGGAAGUCAUUAUUCAGUGCCUAAUGAUGCUGGUCUCCUUAACACCAAUGGCAAAAAGUCCUGUGGACUCUAAUGGCAUGUGAUUAGCUAGACACAAUGGCUCCGGUCCCAUCUCAACACACACAUCCCAUUGAAUCAAGUGGACUUGGGUGUGUUUAAUUGUGCAUUGGAUUGCAACCAGUUACCAUUGUGGUUUCUACUUUGGGGAGUUAGUUGUCAAGGGAAGGGUCAAAACUGAGUAAUGGCUUCUGGAUUUGGCCUUCAUAUGAUAGUCAGGGUAUGUGCAUAGAAUGUAGGUCAUUAAAUGUUUUUGCACAAUAUAAUAUUAAUACAAUUUUUUAAAGUUUCUAGUUUAUUUAUUGAUACUCAUCGUGUUAAUGUUCUAACUGCAAAACUGAACAUUAUAACUGCGAUUUAAGAGCGGCAAAGUAGGCAAAGUAUAAACUUUCUGAACCUACAAGUGUUCUUUGGGCAAAUAUUAUCAUAUCAUUUCGGAAAUAUGUCCUCUUUGUCUUUGGGCGGUUGGUGGUAUCAUUGUUCACAGAACCUUGGUUUGUACAUGUCUUCACUAGAAACUACUUUCAAUAUGUUGUUAAAUCUGCUGUAAAUGAUAAGGUCAGAGCUGAUGGGAUGUUUCGAGGGAGCGGGACUCCCAGGCACACACAGGAAUAGAAGUUUCUAGGUUUAUUGGUGUGCUUAGGUUCCAGUUUUGUACCCACUUAACUGGGUGGGAGUAAACUCAGUGGGACUUAUUUUUAAAUUGGCAUGUAUAGGAUUGCGUUGUUAGACCUUGAGAAUACAACUGUCUUCUGCAGACUAGCAACUUUUUGUGGCUACUGUCGUGAGUGUGGGAGAGAACAGAAUUCUCAGCACAUCUAAGGACAAAAAAUAGCCUUUUUAAAUGGCUCAGUUAAUAAUGUAUCAGAUACCUUCACCUAGGCCAGUAGUGGCCAAACUUGGCCCUCCAGCUGUUUUGGGACUACAAUUCCCACCAUCCCUGACCACUGGUCCUGUUAGCUAGGGAUGAUGGGAGUUGUAGUCCAAAAACAGCUGGAGGGCCAAGUUUGGCCAUCACUGAUCUAGGCCAAGUGGUAGAGAUGAGCACCACACCCCAUAGUCAUCUUCGACUGAACUUAACCAUCCAGGGGUCCUUUACCUUUACCAUAGAACUGCAUUGUCCAUGUGAUUACAUAGCCCAAUGAAAUGUACCCCUCUGUCAAUGUUUCACAGGGGGAUUUUGAGGACUUGUUGCAAUCUGAGGAAUGGACAUGUCUUAUUUUUAACACAUGUAUUAUAGUGACUUUUAAAGAUGUUUAUUAUGGAGACUUUUUAUAGCGUAACAUUUUUUUAAAAGGCAAAAAAGGCAGCAAAAUGAACUUAUGCUUAAAACAAUCAGUCAAUCAAAGCUGUGACCUUCUUGUUUAAGAUAAGAUUUUUUUAAAAAAUUAACCACUCCUCUGCAUCACUCACUAGAAGUUCUAGGUUUAGUCAGUUCACAUUGAAUUCAUUUUAGUGAGGAGAUGGGGCCAAAAUUUCUUUCAUACAGAAACUCUGUAAAACUGGACUGGUGCUAAGAAGAUUCUGCUAAUUCACCUGUGUGUAGCCUCUGCUCAGGCCCUGCAAAAGUUUACAGUGUCAUAUUCUGAAGUUCUGCUCUAUCACAAGUAACAGACUUGGCUAGUCUGAGGUUAAAAAAGCCAUUGCAUGAUGCCCAGAUCUGCCUGCUUCACCUACUAACCUUGGCAGUGUCACCCUCCCCUUCCUGGGGCACUUUGCAUUGCAGUGUUAGGUGGGGCUUAUAAGAAACAACAGUGGAUAGCAUGGAAGAAGUUUUCUGCUUGUGUUUUAAGGGACAUAAAGAAAGGGAUACAAAGGAACCCCUCAAGCGAGGAUCACAGCAGAAAAAAGUCACUGAGUAAUCAAGAACAGUAAUUGGUCCCACUGAAUGUUAUGAGAAUAAUUCCCGAGUCAGCAUGAUUAGAAUUGUGUUUUAAGACUACAAUCCUAUGCAUAUUUAUUUUGGGUUCAGCCCUUCAGUGUUCAGUGGUGCUUACUUCCAACAUGAAUAGGAGCAGGGUACAAUAUGAUAUGUUGCGGUCUUCUUGGGAGUAUACCCUGUCGCAGAAAGUCCGAAUUACUUCCAGGUAAACAAGGCUAGGAUCAGGCUGCAUAUAUUUAAAUCAUAAUAUCCACUGAAUUUUAUAUAUCUUUCUGCUGUAUGCAGUAAAUACUGUGUUGAUAAACAAACACACCCCAUCUGAGUUAAUGUAAGAAUAAGCACAGAGUAGCUGUACAUGAGUUUGUGAUUGCAUGCUCUUACAGCAAUUCAAAAGUGUUCUGCAUCUUUCAUUGAGUAGUACAGUAUAUGUUGUGAUUAUGAUACAAAUUAUGGAUUAUGGAUUACACACUUUGUACACGAAAAACCUGGGGGAACUGAACCAGAAUUCCUGGAACUGCAUGAAUGUGUGACUAGACUUUUAAGCAUGCAAGUAUUCACCCUGAAAUCAAUGUCAGGCCAAGUACCUGACUGAAUCU